UCUGAACUUAUUAUCUGUGUCUAACCAUGUGUAGGCGGCUCUCCCUGAUGCUCUGAUGCUUGUGUCUGCUCUAGAUGACGCGGACUCCCCAAGGAGAGAAGAACAGCCGGAGGGGUUUUGAUGAAAAGGCUUAUUUGUCCUCAAAGCAGCUGAAGGCUGGAGAAGACCCUUACCGCCAGCAUGCUUUUAAUCAGCUGGAGAGCGACAGACUCAGCAGCGAUCGACUCAUUCGGGACACCAGGCACUACAGGUGCACUUCUGUACGCUAUGACGCUGACUUGCCAGCUACCAGUCUCAUCAUCACCUUCCACAAUGAGGCGCGAUCUACCCUGCUCCGCACGGUGAAGAGUGUUCUGAACCGCACCCCUCCCAGUCUCAUCCAGGAGAUCAUUUUGGUAGAUGACUUCAGCUCAGAUUCUGAGGACUGCCAGCUCCUUACCAAGAUCCCAAAGGUCAAGUGUCUACGAAACACGCGUCGAGAAGGGCUGAUUCGCUCUCGGGUGCGAGGAGCUGAAGUGGCUACUGCUGACAUUCUUACCUUCUUGGACAGUCACUGUGAAGUCAACAGUGAGUGGCUGCAGCCAAUGCUUCAGAGAGUGAAACAGGAUUAUACCCGAGUGGUGAGUCCAAUUAUUGAUGUUAUCAGCCUGGAUAAUUUUGCCUACCUGGCAGCAUCAGCCGAUUUGAGGGGAGGGUUUGACUGGAGCCUUCACUUUAAGUGGGAGCAGAUUCCUAUAGAGCAGAAAAUGUCCAGAACAGACCCAACUCAGUCUAUAAGAACCCCUGUUAUAGCAGGAGGCAUCUUUGUGAUUGACAAGUCUUGGUUUAACCACCUGGGAAAAUAUGAUACUCAAAUGGACAUCUGGGGAGGAGAAAAUUUUGAGCUCUCUUUCCGAGUGUGGAUGUGUGGUGGCAGCUUGGAGAUCGUUCCCUGCAGUCGAGUGGGACACGUGUUCAGGAAGCGCCAUCCCUAUGACUUUCCUGAGGGCAAUGCACUGACUUACAUCAAGAACACCAAGCGCACAGCAGAGGUGUGGAUGGAUGAAUACAAGCAGUACUACUAUGAGGCCCGACCAUCUGCUAUUGGGAAAUCGUUUGGAAGUGUUGCAGACCGAAUGGAGCAGCGACGCAAACUGAACUGUAAAUCCUUCCAGUGGUAUCUGGAGAACGUCUACCCUGAGCUCAAGAUUCCUGAAAAGGAGUUGAUUCCAGGAAUAAUUAAACAAGGAGGAAACUGCCUGGAGUCUCAGGCACAGGAUACCACAGGGAAUAUAUUGGCUGUCAUGGGAAACUGUAAAGGGACAGUGAACAAUCCACCUGUCACUCAGGAGUGGGUAUUCAGUGACCCUUUAAUUAGACAGCAGGACAAGUGUCUUUCCAUUACCUCCUUCUCUACUGGCUCUCAAAUCACAGUGGAAGCCUGCAAUCAAAAAGAUGGCAGACAGAAGUGGAAGAUGAAAGGCAGUUUCAUUCAACACUUUGUCAGUGGUCUCUGCCUGGAAAACAAAUCUGGAAGAAUGGUCACCAACCCGUGUCAAGCAGGUGUACCUGGCCAACAGUGGGAGCUGCUACAAGCAACAUGAUGGUAUUGCUCCUUCCUCCUUGCUCCCACUGUGUGUGCGGCUUUCUUGCAGUUCCUUCUUCAUAACCGUUCUGGGACUAGGACCCAGCUCCUCUACAGACAGUUCUCCUGACUGCUGCAGGCCACAGAAGCUCUGCUUUUAUACAGUCUCCAAGCUCUGGACCAGGCCUGAUUCAAAGGGCUCUUGUCAGUACAAUGGCUACUGCCCUUGACUGUGUGUUUGGCUCCACUUUUGGAGGUUACUGACUGCUCCUGGAGCAGAUACACCUGGACUGGCUGUGUUGAUUUGUACCUCUCUUGCUACUGCUCUCCUCAUGACAGAGGGUUAACUGGCAGCCUUUUGGGGCUGUGAGCUGGCCUUGGGGAGAAAGGGGAAGAGGUGGACAUGCUAGAUGUCAAUAUGCUAGAUGUCAAUAACUCAAAUUGUUUCUGGAGUUAGGAGUUAAAAAAUAAAACUCUACCUGUUUUUGGACAUGUUCUCCUGAGGUCAGCUCCCCACUACUCACUAUGCUUUCAGCCAAACAACUGCUCUGUCUAGACACAGAGCUCCCCACACUUUUGGAAGCCAUUGGUUUCCUAUGCAUUUUAGCUGUUCCUGAAAAGGAGGUACAUUGCAAAAGUCUGCUUUCAAGUGGGCGAACUGAACUUCUCCUCAGAAUAAACAAAGUCUUGUCCAAACUCAUUAUUAGGAUACUUUCCAUUUCCCUUGCUUUCUUCUCCAAGGUCCAUGCAGUGCCAUGUUUUGGAACAGGACUGUGAUAGGGUUUUUGACUGAGUCCCCAGAUUUGUCCCAGUGUUGUGUUUCUUUAACAAUUAGAACAAGCAGCUGCUCACUCUUGUUUUCCUGUUUAUUUUAAGCAGCCCCCUACACUGUCAAGACAGAGCAUUUGCAUUGGUAAUGCCUUUAAAGACAGCUGGUUUUGUAUCAGAACAUCCAAUGUAAUUUUGUGUGCUGUGAACCAAUGGGGGUUUAUUUAAGAGGAGCUGAAACUACUGUUGUACAGAAAUCAAUUUCGAAAGGUUUAUUUUCCCCACUCACUUGUAAGUUGCUCUUUGCCAGAUGUAAUUUAUGUGGAACCCAGAUUUGUUUUCCUUUUUCUUCAUAAAGCAUGUGCCAGAAUCUGUUUAAUGCCUGGAAUAAAAUCCAUUUUGAAACAA